CCGAAAGAGACCAAGACAGCGGGCAAGAACCCUACCCCGAGAUCCGACAAGAGCGGCGGCGCACCUGUUACGGUUCAACCAAUUCGACUCGCAAGCGCGAGCACGAAGAGCGCAAUGCAGAGGGUGCGCAGCAGAAAAAGCCUCGGUUGAGCGGUGCAAGCGAUCGUCCGGGGCGAAGACCCGAGGAUACCUCCCCUCGCUCGGAGAAGAAUCGUCGAAGCAGAGGCCGGCGCGAUCGUCGCGAGCGGCGUCGUGAUCGGAGCCGUCGUUGUUGA